AUGGGCGGCUCGAUCCGACGAGUCGAAAUACCAUCUCUAGGUGGUGGUGGAAAUGGUUGGUGGUUGUUGGAUCAAGCGGUUAUGGGGAUAGCAGUGGCGAUGUGUAUGGUGGUAGUGCUAUUAGCAAUGGUGUGUAUUGACAAGAUAAAUGCUCUGUACGGAAAUAUUAUACAACUAGUUUCGUUGUGGUUCAAAUCAAUAGAUAGAUUAGUUGUACAAAAUCAUUCACAUCGGAUUGAUCAUUUAAUAUUUUUGCAGUGUCACAAUGGGCACACACUUUGUUCUACCUGUAAGACGCGGGUGCAUAAUCGAUGUCCUACAUGCAGACAAGAGCUUGGGGAUAUUAGGUGUUUGGCACUAGAGAAGGUUGCAGAGUCGCUUGAGUUGCCCUGCAAGUACUUUUCUUUGGGAUGUCCAGAAAUAUUUCCUUAUUACAGCAAACUUAAACAUGAGGGAGUUUGCAAUUUUAGACCAUACAAUUGUCCAUAUGCUGGGUCAGAGUGCUCAGUUACAGGGGACAUUCCUUGUCUAAUUACCCACUUGCGAGACGACCAUAAAGUGGACAUGCAUACGGGAUGUACCUUCAAUCAUCGCUAUGUAAAGUCAAAUCCUCGUGAAGUAGAAAAUGCCACCUGGAUGCUAACGGUAUUCCAUUGUUUCGGUAAAUAUUUCUGCCUUCACUUCGAAGCAUUCCAGCUUGGCAUGGCCCCUGUCUACAUGGCAUUUCUGCGUUUCAUGGGCGACGAGAAUGAAUCCCGCAACUACAGCUACAGUUUGGAGGUGGGCGCAAAUGGCAGGAAACUCAUAUGGGAAGGUACUCCCCGUAGCAUUCGAGAUAGCCACCGCAAGGUCCGGGACAGCCAUGACGGCCUUAUUAUACAGCGAAAUAUGGCACUUUUCUUUUCUGGUGGGGAUAGGAAGGAGCUUAAGCUUAGAGUUACUGGGAGAAUAUGGAAGGAACAGCAAAAUCCAGAUUCCGGGGUGUGCAUACCAAACCUUUGUAGUUGAAGAAGUCGAUUUUGAAGCAACUUGUAUGGGUUUCCCAUGCGUGUCUGCAUCAUGGUGUGUUGUCUACAAGAGACUCCAUGAAUGUGUUGUGUUAGCAAUAUUGUGCUUGAUGAUGUAUCAUAGUUUGUUAAAAGCCUUUGAUUGCCAAAUAUUUUAGCAGCUUAAAUUAUUA